UUGACAGUUUUAGUCUAAAAUAUUUUUUCCAUUUGAAAUUAUCACAAAUUUCCAUAAAUUCAGGAUUUUGUUACUGCUCUUACCUAAAUUUACUACAAUGAAUUUCAUCUUUUUAUAUCUGAUAUAUUACCAACCCCCAGAAUUAUGCUCGGAAUUAGACUGCGACAAUUCAAGAUUUUCCUACGUAGUGGAGCUUAAAACAUUUCAAAAAGUUUGUUUCAAUAGUAUUAUGCCUAGGAGAACAGGAUGUAUCGGUAAAGGAUUAUCCCCACAUCAGAAAAGGGUGACACCUGAAAAUAAUCCAAAAACGGGACCUGGUUCUUACAGUCCUGAACUUGUGACGUCGUCUAUGUACAAAGUUUUAAAUAAAGUUAGGAGCAUUUACGGAGUCCCGCCGCUAGGAACCAAAACCCAAAGAUUCAAAUAUCGUAAACGCGAUUCUGUUAAAGUUCCAAGUCGAUAUCAGUGGACGAUACCAGAAGAGAGGGUUUUUAGAAGCAUGGCAAAACCUUUUGGUAUUGGUUCAGCAAUAAGACAGUUAAUGUUACCAAAUAUUCCCGGACCAGCUGAUUAUAAUUUACAACGUAUUUACGUAUGUAGAAGACCAAAGUAUCAAUACAAUUUCGGUAAACCUUCAAUGGUAUCAGCAGUUGAAACGAUUUGUGUGCCGGAUCCUACACAUCAUUGCCAUCUGUGCGGUAGGUUUUGCGAAGGCGAAUAUUGGCAUAAAGAUUACGGUUUAUUUAUAUGUCAAAUUUGUUUUGAUAUAGAAAAAGCAACGAAAGAAUAUUAUGAUCCGCAUUUUUUGAAACAAUUCAAAAAAUUAAGAAAUUGUUCUUUCAUGCACCAGCAUAAUAAGACGAAAGCAAAACUAAGAAUCUUACCACAAAACAAAAUCAUCAAGAAAUUCGCCAUCGAGAAUUAUCUAGAUAAUUAUAUCGAUACCUGUCUUAAUUUUAGUAAAAUUUGACCUAUUUUAUCAAAUAUAUUUUGUUUAAUAAACACUUGGUAUAAACUA